AUCAAAUAGUGGCGAAUCGGCUAACGAAAAAUAAAAAGCUCGAUGAAGCGAAGGCACAGAAUGCUGGCGCAGGGUGCAGCGUCCUGGUGGUUGCAGAUCCCGGUGCAGUCUGCGGAGGCGGUCCACUUUCCUCUAAAUGCAUUUUCGCAGGAGGAGCCAGGGUUACGUAAUAAUAACGAGAAAGCUCACCCGCACUCACUGCGUGCCACCAACACGGGGCACCCUCGUACCCAAGGUGCUUAAUUUUUUGUUCUCUGGGUGGCCACCUGCCCACCUUUCCGCCUCCGCAGGACUGGGAACUUGCUACCUCUUGCGACUUGGGUUGGAAGUUACGUAGUUUUAGGUAGUGAAAGGGUUUGGUGUUUAAAAUUCUUAGAAACGCUUCCUCUUCCUGCGCAGCCGCUCAGAGGCUCGAGUGCGCUCCAGGUUGGAUCCACCUGUAACCCACGCCAUGGCCAAGGAAGACACUGCUGCUGGAGUUAUCAUGGAUGUUAAUACUGCUUUGCAAGAGGUGCUGAAGACCGCCCUGGUCCACGAUGGCCUAGCCAGAGGAAUUCACGAAGCUGCCAAAGCCUUAGGCAAGCGCCAAGCCCAUCUCUGUGUGCUUGCAUCCAACUGUGAUAAACCUAUGUACAUCAAGUUGGUGGAAACCCUUUGUGCUGAGCACCAAAUCAACCUAAUUAAGGUUGAUGACAACAAGAAACUAGGAGAAUGGGUAGGCCUCUGCAAAAUUGAUCGAAAGGGGAAACCUCGUAAAGUGAUAGGUUGCAGCUGUGUGGUGGUUAAGGAUUAUGGCCAAGAAUCUCAAGCUAAAGAUGUCAUCGAAGAGUACUUCAAAUGCAAGAAAUGAACAAGAAAAUUGGCUUACUUUCUUUUAAGUUCUUAAAAACAGAAAAGUACAAUUAUCUCAAAUUCUUGAGUUUUCGCCGGAACUAUUUAGGAGAUUUUCUUCCAAAUGUAAACUUUGUAUUGUUAUGUUCUUCUUUAUAAUGAAAAUGUUCAUCUUUUUGGAAAUUUGCAAACUGCAUAAGAUUUAGUCUAGCAUUAUUAGGGUUUUACUGAUAAAACUAUAUGCAUGUUGCAGUGUGAUAUGUAUGAGGAGUGAUUACUGUGAACAUAGGCAAAUCCUCAUAAUUUUUUUCCUGUAUGUUGUCCACACUGAAAUCUAUUUGGCUUUUUUUUUUUUCUUUUUU